GUGGAGCUCUCCUAACUCCCCUGAGGGGAGCAACGUCUCUGGGGGCAGUCAGGCCUUGGACAAGCCCAUUGACAAUGACGCGGAGGGCGUGUGGAGCCCGGACAUUGAGCAGAGCUUCCAGGAGGCCCUGGCCAUCUACCCACCUUGUGGCCGGCGCAAGAUCAUCUUGUCGGACGAGGGCAAGAUGUACGGUUACCAGUCCCCCCGUGAGGCCUCAGCUUCUCAUGCUGCUGGGAGAUGCCUGGGAUCCAAGGAGGGCAGGAGGGAACCUGCAGAAUCCUCACCCCAAAGUACCCACUCAAGGUCGGAAUGAGCUGAUCGCCCGCUACAUCAAGCUCCGGACAGGGAAGACCCGCACCCGGAAGCAGGUCUCCAGCCACAUCCAGGUGCUGGCUCGUCGCAAAGCCCGUGAGAUCCAGGCCAAGCUAAAGGAUCAGGCAGCUAAGGACAAGGCCCUGCAGAGCAUGGCUACCAUGUCGUCCGCCCAGAUCAUCUCCGCCACAGCCUUCCACAGUAAAAUGGCCCUUGCCCGGGGCCCAGGCUACCCAGCAGUCUCAGGGUUUUGGCAAGGAGCUUUGCCAGGCCAAGCUGGAACAUCCCAUGAUGUGAAACCUUUCUGUCAACAAAACUAUACUGUCCAGCCUUCGCUGCCUCUGCCAGGGUUUGAGUCUCCUGCAGGACCCGCCCCAUCGCCCUCAGCACCACCAGCACCCCCGUGGCAGGGCCGCAGCGUGGCCAGCUCCAAGCUCUGGAUGUUGGAGUUCUCUGCCUUCCUGGAGCAGCAGCAAGAUCCUGAUACGUACAACAAACACUUGUUUGUGCACAUCGGCCAGUCAAGCCCAAGCUACAGUGACCCCUACCUCGAAGCCGUGGACAUCCGCCAGAUCUAUGACAAAUUCCCAGAGAAAAAGGGCGGACUCAAGGAGCUCUUUGAACGGGGACCUUCCAAUGCCUUUUUUCUGGUGAAGUUCUGGGCAGACCUCAACACCAACAUCGAGGAUGAAGGCAGCUCCUUCUACGGGGUCUCCAGCCAGUACGAGAGUCCCGAGAACAUGAUAAUCACGUGCUCCACCAAGGUCUGCUCUUUCGGCAAGCAGGUGGUAGAGAAGGUUGAGACAGAGUACGCCCGCUAUGAGAAUGGCCACUACUCGUACCGCAUCCACCGGUCCCCGCUCUGUGAGUACAUGAUCAACUUCAUCCACAAGCUGAAGCACCUGCCCGAGAAGUACAUGAUGAACAGUGUGCUGGAGAACUUCACCAUCCUGCAGGUGGUCACCAACAGAGACACGCAGGAGACUUUGCUGUGCAUUGCAUAUGUCUUUGAGGUGUCAGCCAGCGAGCACGGGGCUCAGCACCAUAUCUACCGGCUGGUGAAAGAAUAAGAGACUCGGGGAGCAGGGAGGGGGGAAGAGAUCGUGUGUGCAGGGACGUGGGGAGAGGACCUGCAGGGGCAGCCCCCUGAAGUGCCAAGAGAGCUGAGAGGUCAUGACUGUUCCUACCCGGGAACAAACUGUGCCUGAACCUGCAAUGCAACCCCAAAUAAACCCCAGAUGUUGUGUAUUUUCAGAGGA